AUGACAAGGAAGAACACCUUCAUUAUAUCAGCUUUUCUCGUUGUAAGUACCAUAGGUCUACUGGUCUUUGUCACCAUACGCCAUAUUCAUCAGAAUCUUGGUUCGGUUCAAGGACGGGAACGCGCCGUUUACUUGUUCUCAGAAGUUCACAAUGAGACUACGAGCAAAAAUAUAUGCCAAACUCAUGAGUGUCACGCAGUCGCUGAUUACAUAAAAAGUUCCAUCGAUUCGACGGUUGAUCCAUGUGAUGACUUUUUUACGUUUUCUUGUGGUGGAUGGAUCCGACGGAAUCCAAUUCCCAAAAGUUAUAAUGAUUACUCCACAUUUACCAAGCUAUCUAAAGUUAUAGAGGGUGAAAUUCGUGGCCUUCUCCAAACGUCAAAAAUGUUGCAUGACAUUCCUCAUAACGAGGCUCUGAUGAAAACGAGAGACUUGUAUCACUCAUGCAUGGACGUUAAUCAAAUUGAAAAGCUCGGUCCAUUACCAAUGCUUGAUUUUAUUCAAGAGAUAGGCUCGUGGAGCAUCUGCCAUAAUGGUAGUUGGAAAAAGUCUUCGUGGGAUAUUUACAGAGUAUUACAGAAUGUACAGAGUACAUAUUAUCCUGCAUCGCCUUUCUUCUCGGUAGAGGUCACAAAUGAUCAUCUUAACUCCACCAAGCAUUUGAUAAAGGUAAGUGUGACGGAAAUCGGAAUAGACAAAGAUCAGACUCCAAUUAUAGGAACCAAUGAGUUAGGACCAAAAUGAUCUUGUACGAUUGAUAUUUUAUGGGAAAGAGUCACCACUCUCGCUCACUGACAACGAUCUUACUUGAGGUACAGUCCAGCAGGUGUACCGUCUUAUCCGUCUGUUCCACUUACCAUGCUUAUUACACUCCCUCUUAGCGGCGUAAAAAUGCUUUCUAGUGGGUGUCGGAAGGCGUCAGACGAUUUUUGUUAUUUGAGGAAAACUUGUCUUAAAACUGCUUAACGUUUCUGGAAAACAUAAAUCAUUCUUUUUUUGUUGGAAAAAAAGUCCUCUGAUUAUUCGAAGAAGAAAUCAGUACACGACUUUCACUAAGAAGAUUUCGAGACAUAUUUGAAUUUACGAUAAAGAACAGUUCCUUAAUAUUUAUUUUUUCAUUAUGUCUUUCGCUUCACGUCUUUUUAUUUGGUUUAAGGCAAUAAUUUAGCCUCAGGUAUAUAUCCCCACCCUACCUGUAAGGGUUUAUUCCUUGAAAAUGAGUUCCGAGGAAACUUUGGUCGAAACAUAAAUUAAAAACUAUCUUAUCCUGUGGUAAAUUAAGCGUUAUUCUCUGUCAGUGAUAGUGGUAUUUUACAUUUAAAGGGAAAGUCGUCCAGUCUUUGAGCAAAUACUAUUAUUUACUUAUUUAGAUUGAUCAGUCAGGUCUGAGUCUUCAACGGGAGAUUUACUUUAAACAUCCUGAGGUGAGACAUUCUGACGGUAGAAGGUAAUGACCAUUUCUUGCCCGCUCUCUUUUUUUUAAAUUGUUGCUAGAAAUACUCGUGGUCAAAUAGAGUGAUGUUUCUUUGUAGAUGGUGGACAUUUAUGUAGAAUAUAUGGCAACAGUUGCCUCUCUCCUUGGAACAAAAUGUAACACAACCGAAAAAAUGCGUCAAAUCAUGGAUUUUGAAACAAAACUGGCUAGGGUGAGUGUUAACAUAAAUUUCAAAUCGAUUAGCCUGAUGAAUUAACAUUACUUCAAUGAAAGAAAAAAAAGAAUAAAUGGUGAUCUUUUCUUGUUUAAUUGACACUUAAUGCACUCAAAAUAUUAUUGUUACUUAUCAAGUUCACAACGUCAGCUGAAGACAAAGCUGAAGGAAUUUACAGGAGAAUGAACCUCCACAGCCUCAUUCAAAUCGUUCCACAGGUAUGAAAACUUACUUCCCCAUUAACUAAGCAGAUAAACUGAAAAAAAGAUAACCCUAUUUAGUCAAAGCCAACCCCCAGCUUAAAUCAUAUAUACGCAUCACGUCGCGUUUUGUUGAACUUGUUAAAUUUUCUUCCCGCCCGCAAAACACGAUGCCUGUUCGCAGUAGUCCCUUGUAAUUCUUCAGAAAUAGUCCACAUCUAAAUUUGCCGGUAAGCUGACUCGGUCAGUCGUUUCCUUCGGGCUUGCUUGUAAAGAUUUUACUAAUUUCACAAUUUUAAAUGUAGUAGUAACCAUCUGCUGACAGAGAAUUGAACUUUGUUAUUUCCGUAUACCCUCCAAAGAUAUUGUAGAUUUGAAAUUGCAUACUUCACCACUCAACGCAAACAAGAAACAUGAUUACAUGAAUUCUCUCCUUAAAAAAAUUUGCCAUUUUUAAAAUUUCUGAUUAAGUAUUAUAUUUUAUCGUAUGACGUGGUGACUUCUGAUGAGAAUCUCAAGGCUUCCUGCGCAAAGGGUUGGCCUUCAACUGGCGAUAGGUUAGGUUCCAUAUUGCAUCGCUGUGAUUGGUAAAUUUUAGGCAGUUUUUAUUUACGAAUUUCAAUCCUUAUCGUUUUGAAGAAGUGGAUCAAUGCUGUGCCACUCUCCUAAUUGGUUUUUCGUGAUCUUCCAUGUGUUGAUUCUGUGGCGUGUACAAAGGAGUUGAGAUGAGUGCAUGUGUGUGAAAAGGGAUUGUACGUCAAAAAAUACUAUGCUCUCGAUGAUCGUUUGUUGGACCUGAUCUGUUGUUUAACACCGAAUUUAAUUUAGUGCAGUCCUCACGAAGAUAGAGAUCCCCUGCGUGAGAGCUGUUGACGAUCUCUCAAAUCUUGUCCGAUUUCUACAAAGAAAUAAUCAAAAAUUUAUUUUGAUUUAUUUACUUUCGUCGGAGUUACAAAAUGACAUUGACAUGCACAAUAAAGAAGUGUAUCAUUUUCAUAUAAUUUUUCCUUCCAUUUUUUGUAGUUUCCUUGGUUAGAUCAUAUGCAGGCCAUAUUCAAAGGAGCAAAUGUGACUGAGGCAGAUAUUGUGUUGACCACUUCAACAUCAUAUCUUCGGAAAAUGGCAACACUUUUGAAGAACACCUCUAAAGAGUGAGUUCCCUGUAAGAGACCUUCUGACAGAGGGGUUGAAAAGGAAAGGGGAGCUUGAUCGUGAUUUAAGGAGAAUAAAACGAACUUUUUACGCUUUUCGGACAAUACGAUAGGCAUUUCACGAGAAAAUAAAAAAUCUUUUGCAUAGUUUCAGGACGUCCAAUAUCGGCAACGGCGAAACAAAAUUUUUAUGUGAGGUUAACAGGCGAAGUGUUCUGAAGUGAAUAAGAUCGUUGAACACUUAAAUCUAUUUUUAUAUUAUUCCCGCGAAAAAUUAAUGCGGAAAAAAAAAAGAAAAGCACUUCUCACUGAAAUGAAGUGCAUAUUACCCAUUUUUACAGAUAACAUUACCAGGCUUUAAGCAUUGCGCUGUUAAAAGGUUAAGAUUUAUGAGACGUCACUAAGCCGUAUUAAACUGUGAUAAGUACCCGAGAACGUAGUCGAAGCCCCAUAGAACAGAAAGCUUCAGAUCUCCUUGCUGCGAGACAACGGUACUUCACAGUUAAAUCAGGGUAAUAAGUUAUUCAAGUAGUUUGCUGACUUAAGUUUUUCAUUAGAUACUCUGCCAAAAUGUCUGGACCGCAUCUGUCUCUCUCCUCCUCCAUCCUCCUCCUCCAUCCUCCUCCUCCAUCCUCCUCCUCCAUCCUCCUCCUCCAUCCUCCUCCUCCAUCCUCCUCCUCCAUCUGUCCAUGACAUCCAUCCAUCUGUCCGUCUGUCCAUCCAACUCUUCGCCUAUCCGGCACUUAUUGAUCUAUCCGUCUGAUUGCAGCCGUCAUAACAUGAUGAAAUUAAUUACCAGAAUUGCUGUAUGAUGAUGACUUUCAGGUUACUUUCUAACUACGUGGUGUGGCAAAUGAUCCGAGACAAAGUAAGUCUACUGUCAGAUCCUUUCAGAAAGGCCCGAGCCAAGUUCAAUGAGCGUAUAUCUGGAGUGAAGGACACAGAUCCUAGAUGGCGCACAUGCACGGGAAUCACUAACGACAACAUGGGCGUUCCAAUCGGUUCCCUAUACGUACAGAAUUUCUUUGAUCAGUCCGCAAUUUCUAAGGUAUUGAUAGAACUCUCUCUUUAAUUUUUGCCAAUAGAAUCAAAGUGAAACCAGUAAUGAUGAUGUAUCAUAUUUAAUCUCCCAAAGUGGUCACUUUGGAUGAGGAUCGUGGGUUUCGCCUCCAAUUGCAACUUUUUCGAGAGGCUCCUUGUUGAUCUACGCGACGAGCGAUGCGGCAUGAUUAUCGAUUUUUUGACAUCCAGUUAUUCAGAAUUUGCUAAAAUAACAUUUUCCGGGUUUUUUUCCACACCUGGGAAGUGUGUGGAUGUGUGUGUGUAGGGAGGGGGAGGGUGGUUAAUCAUUUCAUUUAAUCACAUGAGAGACACACAAGAUUCUCUUUCGAUUUUCCAUCGAGAGAUGCAAAAGCCAGUGGCUCAUAUGGCAUAGGUCAAGUGAAGAUGGGAUGUGCUGCUAGUUACACCUUAAAGUAAAUUCAUGCAAAGUAUUACAACAAUCCAUUAAAGCAAAUUAAACAAGAAAACGAUAGAUUGCGAAACAAAAGUCAACUCAGAAUAAAUAUAGUGAUAUGUAUAUAAAUAAACAGCUAAAGUUAAUGAAUGCAGGCUAAGAUAACCGCACCAUAUUGUAGAAAGAAACUUAACAUAACAAGCAGCGAACAGCUACAGUCUGCAAACUGGUCAAAUCUAUGACAAAAUAGAAGAAAAUAGUUCAAAGGUACAAAAGCUUAAAUUCGGCUAUGAUUGAAAUAUACCGUAUGACUUCAUGACUACUAGAAAAGAGUCCCUUCCCUUAGUUUUUGUUUAUAGUUGGGAAGAGUAAGUGAAUUUCGUAGUGUGAGGUGAAUGAAGGGGGGAACUGGACCCGAAAAGAGAGAAAGGAUAUUAGCAUGGAGAUGUAAGUUGUCUGUAUUUAUGAAAAUCAGAAUUGAACUUGAAAAGGGACGAAAGAGGAUUGAGCAAGAGUUUUUGCUUGUGAAGGAAUACAAACAUGAUGAAGAUCUCGAAGUGGAUGAACAAAGUGGUAUAAACUAUUAAAUUGCAAUUGCUUAAUAUCGAAAAGGGGUAUUGCGGCUAGAUUUGCAUGGAAAGCUUUAUAAACGGUUACAAGUGGACUGCUUGCCAACAUGCUUGUUUCUGAUUCUUUUACCCAGACCCACUCGAUGGUCGAUGAGAUUAAGGAGACCUUUAAGAGAAGAGUGAAACAACAUGAUUGGAUUGAUGAUAAAACAACACAAUACGUCUUUGAAAAGGUAUGGUCCUAUUUUAACUUGUAACCUUUUAAAGUAGUUAUUACAGUAAAAUAGUAAACUGAGUAUGGUGAAUUAAACUUACCUUUCUAAUGUUUACAUCCAUGAACACUAAUUUGCACCGAGAUUUUUUUGAUUCAAUUAUCUAUUUACGUAUUUGCUUUUCUAUUCAAUAAUGCACAAUGUUACAUCGUUACGCAAAGAGAGGUUUUACAGCUACUUUGCGCCGAGAUAUGGUAUGUCACCGUUUGUUUUUAGCUUUGAUCUGCUUGUUGUGAAAUGUUUUGGUUGCGAAGGAACUUCGGGAUUUUUUCUUAUAUUUAAGCGCACAAACUAAACUGUGGGGCUGAAACAACAGGAACGAUCAUUUUGAACUAGUACUCCUUGUCUUCCCCAGAGCCAGUGUUAUCACUAGAGAUUUAACGUCUCUGACAUAAAUGAAAGUAGCUAACGGUACAUGCAAAAGAUAAAAUGUAACAAAAAGAGAAAACGGAAAAAAAACCUGCAAAUGAUAAGUAACAGAUAAUUGGAAAGAAAGGCAACAGGACAGUUCGGUAUCAUAUCUGAACAAAUCUACCCUUUAAAUUAUUUUCAUGUAGUGUUCGUUUCGCCGGCUUAGCUGUCUGGACAUGAAUUCUCCUCUCUCUUUGUUUCUUUUUUUCUCUGUUUCUCUUUCUUUCGUUUCGUUUGGUUGUGUUUUCGGAGAACUGGAAUUCCAGGGAAAUGAGAGAUGAUCCAUCGAGUGAGUUGGAAUAGUUGCUUAAAGACUUAAAUGGGUGGGACUUUAAUAAUGAGUUUCCUUGUGUUCGGUAAACCGUGCACGAACCAUGGGUUUGGUCUCUCUGACAUAUUGUUUCUGGGAUCGUUCACACGCCAGCAAAUGCUAGAGUAAAGGAUUAACUUAAUUGUCCAUGUGAAAAUGAAAAAUGAACCAUUCAAUCAUUUAUGUACCAAGGUGAUCUGUAGGUAACCACGAGGUAUAUUAUUAUAAUGGGUGUUUGCAGCGAUGUGUGGAAAUAUUACUUUCUUCUGGGAUUCAUUAAAGUGCUUUUUUCUCCUUUUUUUACCUUGGACUAUUUAUAUUUCACUGUUACGAUUGUCCUUAGCUUUCCAAAUAUCCGAUUGUUCUCUUAUUACCGAGAGACUUCCCUAUCUCUAAAACAUGUGCUCGUCGAUAGUUCCACCACACAGACGUUUGAUUUUGUUACUCAGGCCUUGUUUAUGACGCGGGACUUUUCCAUCUUUCAAUGGAUCAGAUUUUUAGAGAAACUGUUUUAUUGCAGAAAAAAGACUUUAUCGUUCGUCGAUAACUGUGACCUCUCUCGCUUUCUCUUGUUUUCCUCCUUGAUCACCAGGCUGACGCUUUAGGAAGUAAGAUUGGCUAUGCAAAAUACGUGGUUAGCCCAAAGGAACUCGUAUCGCGCUUCUCAAGAGUGAGUAAUAUUUCAGAACAUCUUAAAGUUUGCGGGCUUGACAUAUUAGACGAUAUGUUUACAGAGUAUAUUAAAAGGAUCACAUACUCUCCGUAUCAAUUGUAUGCUGAUGUUAACAGAAUUUGGGGUGAAAACAGUUCAAUCGCUCACUUAUUUUUGGAAAAUCCAAAAUGAUAAAAAAAAAACUAAGUAGAAUAAGUCCUAUACAAAACCUGAGCAGCCCUACGAGAACAUUUUAAAAGACUGUAGACUUAAAUUUGCCAGAGCUAGUCCUUUGGUCUCCUCUUUUGGAACAUCUGCAGUAGACGUAGACUAGGCACAAAACUGCAAAUACUCUAAUAUAAAAGGACGUUCCAACCAGGGCAAAGGUAGUAAAACGCUGAACAAUGAAUUGUUAAAAAACAUUAUCUAAAGCACAAAACAGUUUUUUCCAAAGAGUUUUACUUAUCUAUUUGCAUAUGAAUACUCAAAUUGCUUGAUAUAUACUUUGUUUUAUUUCCUCACAGCUCUCAAUAAACUCAAAGGCCUUUUUCAAGAACAACAUCGAAGUGGAUAAAUGGGUGAGAAACCGACUGUUUGCCAAACUCCGAAAGGCAGUCGAUAAAGAGAAGUAAGUUCUACUUAUUGUUGAGAGACCAAAUUUGAAGUCCGUAAGAGUUGUUGGGCUAAGAAUUUGGCUUUUCCUUUUGCGAGUGGGGGUUGGAAAAGUUGCAUUACGAUGAAACUAUCCACAGUGUUUGUUGCCCACACAAAAGGUGUGUCUUGCCCAGAUAUGGAUAAAAAGUGUGCUUUCGCUCUAAAAUCGAUAGUAAUACACGAGUAUUAUUUAAAUUUCACUGCCUUUUAUGUAUACUUUGAAGUUCUCCAAUGAUGAUUUCAAAGUUCUCCAAUUACGAAUUAGACCUGUUUGGUUUUUUACCCUCCCCAGGGGUGAAUAUCGUUUGAACCCCAACCCCCGUCCCCGCCCUACCCAUCCCCUGAUCCAAGGUGCCAUUUACAUCAAAGAUGACGCCGCAACCAAAACUAAUUGUGCGCUUUUGUGAAAUGCAAAUCAUGUUUAUUGACGGUCAUCCAGGUAUGUAACCUAUUUCCAAACCUUUCAGUCCUCAAUUACGACAUCGUAUAACCAGGAUGUUGAAUAUGAAAGUCUUUGGCCUAAACUGUUUGUAGAUUUCUUAUUGAAAUAACAAAAGAAAAUCCAUUAAAAAAACGGGUAAGGUGGAUCAUUUUCUUAAAAACUAUCUUAAGAGAAGGGUCAAUUUUUCUAAUUGGCGAUGGCCUAAAUUUCAGCUUAAUUAACUGUCACAAUAAAUGCUUUUACUGAUUUUUCUAUACUCAAGAAAUAGUUCGUAUAUCAGCUUAUGGAUCACUUUCACUAGGUUGACCAUUUCAACUGGUUGGAAAAUUUUAACCAGCUGGGCCAUUUUCUCAAUUUAGACCAUUUCAAGGGGGCGAACUAUUUUCUAGUUAGACUAUUUUAACCAAUUGAACCAUUUAACCAGUUGGACCACUUUUUCUUGUGCCAAUUAGACUAUUUUCGUGAGUAUGAAUGUGAUCUUCGCAGUAAUGAACACUACUAAGGCCUAAAAAAAAUUCAAGCCUGCACAGGAUUUGAACCCAUGACCUCUGCAAUACCGGUGUAGCGCUCUGCCAUCUGAGCUAACAAGCCAACUGGGAGCUGAUCAUUACGUUGGUUCAAAAUAAACCCGUGAAGUGGUGAAUAAACGGCUGUGAAUAUAUGAAAGUCAUAAAUUUGAACUACAGAUAAAGACGUGAAUAUUAAAGUGAUCUUCGCAGUAAUGAACACUACUUGAACAGUUGUGAAAAUGACGCCUGAAAAAGAUUCAGGCCUGUACGGGAUUUGAACCCAUGACCUCUGUGAUACUGGUGCAGCGCUCUACCAACUGAGCUAACAAGCCAACUGGGAGCUGGUCAUUAUGUUGGUUCCAAAUAAAGCCAUGAAGUGGUGAAUAAACGACUGUGAAUAUAUAAAUGUCGUAUAUUUGAACUGCGGAUAAAGACGUGAAUAUGGAAGUGAUCUUCACAGUGAUAAACACUACUUGAGCUGUAGUGAAAAUGAGGCCUGAAAAAGAUUCAGGCCUGUACGGUAGAACGCAACAACGGUAUGCUACUGCUCGAGUAGUGUUCAUUACUACGAAGAUCACUUUCAUAUUCACGUCUUUAUCCGCAGUUCAAAUAUAUGACUUUCAUAUAUUCACAGCCGUUUAGACUAUUUUCAUCUGUUGGACCAUUUUACUGGAUUAGACCAUUUAAUCUGGUUAGGCCUUUUUAGGAGUUAAAUAGUUUUAUGAGAGAAGAUCAUGUUAAUCGAUUCAACCAUUUUAACUAUUUGGACAGACCAUGUUACAUAGCUAGACCAUUUUAAACAGUUUAUAAUGGAUCAUGUUACAUCUUUUGUACCAGUUCGGCAAUUUUACUUAGUUAGACCAUUUUUACCCAAUUGCAGUAUUUUAACCUGUUUGACCUUUUUGGCUAGUUAGACCAUUUUAAGCUGUCGGUUCAUUCUAUCUAGUUAGACCUUACUAACCAAUAUGCCCAUUAUAACCAAAUGGACCCUUUUCUCCAGUUACACGUAGACCAUUUUAACAUGUGGACCAUUUUUUUUUAGUCAGACCAUCUUAACCAAUAAGUCACCCCAGAUAAACCUAGUAGACCAUUUUAACCAUUUGGACCAUUUUAACCAUUUGGAUCAUUUUGAGCAGUAAAACCAUUUUAUAUAGUUAGUUUACUUUAGCCACUUGGACCAUUUUACUCAUUUAGACCAUAUUAUCUUAUUGGACCAUGUUAACCUAUAAGCUAUUUUGAGCAGUUGGACUAUCUUGUUGGACCUUUUGGACCGUGGUAGACCAUUCUACUAGCUGCAAGAUUCUUUCUUAGUUAGACCAGUUAACCACUUUGAACAUUUUAAGUAGUUGGACCAUUUCCACCUGUUAGACCAUUUUCUGUUGUUACACAAUUUCUACCAGUUGGAUCAUUUUCUCUAGGUGGAUCAUUUUAAACUAAUGGAUCAGUUUUUUAGGUCAGAAGUCUUUAACCUGUAAACAAUCUCACUAACUUGGACAGUUUUUACUAGCUGGGUCAUUUUAACCCGGAAGAUUAUUUUUCUAGCUUGUGAACUUUAACUGGGCAGGCCAUUUCCUUAUUUAGUUAGACUUGACCUUUUUACUUUUCACCAUUUGCAUCAUUUAGUUGAGUCAGUUGGACCUACCUAUAACAUUUCCGCCUAAUAAAGUAUGUUAUGGAUCUAGUGUUAUGUAACAACACCAUUUUAACCAAUAGGCCAUUUAAAGAGCAGUUAAAAAUUCAAGCAUAUAAAAUCUUGGGGUCUGGAAAUUUGUCUUCUCAUAUUUGUAAUUUCUCCUCCAAUAGCUUUUAGUGGUGUUUAGUAGAAGAGGUUAGUAUAUUCUGCUUCACCGUUCCAGCUUUCUUGCACAAAUGGAACCGUUCUCCUUUUUUUCUUUCCUUUGCCGCCAUCACUUAACUGGAUGCCUUUCUCCCCAAAACAAAUUUUCACUCUCACAUGUUGAAUUUUGCGAAAUUUUCGCUCAUUUCACUACAUGGCUCUUUGUCCUUUAUGUCCAUCAGAGCGACUUUGAUCUUUCAGAGCGACUUUGCACUUAGCCUCUUUCUCUCACCAUAAUUUCAGCACCAGAUCUCUGCACCGCGAGAACUCAGAAAUGGCCUAUUGGAAAAUUUUAUUUAGUGACUAAAACCAUUUUAAGCAGUUGGACCAUUUUAUCUAGGUAUACCAUCUUACAUGUUUGGAUUGGAUCUAGUGGAAACAGUUGGACCAUAUUAACUGGUCUUAACGGUGCAGACCACUAUGACCAGUCGGACCAUCCUAACCAGUUUGACCAUUUCCCCUAAUCAGCCCAUUUCUUUCAGUUUGACCAGAAUAUUACAGUAGAUCCUUUUAAUCAGCUGAAACAUUUCAUCUGGUUAGACCGUUUAACCCAUUGGAGCAUUUCACCCAGCUAGACCAGAUUAUUUCUGCCGCUAGUUGAGCUAUUUUAAAGGCUUGGAACAUUUUAACCGGUUCAAUAGUAUUAAUUGAACUCUUUAAGUAGUUGGACUAUUUUAACCAGUUGGACCACGUUGUUGGAUCUACCUAAACAAUUUCUACCCGUGGGACCAUUUUAUCUAGUUAGACAAUUUUAAUCCAAUUAAACCAUUUUAACAAGUCUGACCUUUUUAUCUAGUUAGACCACUUUAAGUUAUUGGACCAUUUUAUCCAGCAGGAUCAGUUAAUCCAGUUAGUUCUUUUUAAAAAGUUAGACCAAUACAUUUUAACCAUUACAUUAGUCACAUCUUGCCUGGUUUAGUUGGACCAUUUUAACUUGUUGGGUUAUUUCAACCCAUUGAACCACUUUUCUAGUGAUAGCAUUUUGAUCAGUUAGGUGAGUUUAAUUUGUUGCAUCUUCUUUCUAGUUACAGCAUUUUAUCUAGUAGGUCAUUUAAGUUUUUUAUUGUAAAUUUAAAUCACAGCUGUAUUUUGUAAUACAACCCAUUACCUCCAGGACUACGUCAAUUAAAUAUACAUUGACAUUGAGGAAAAUGUUACAGCAUACAAACGAUGAAUUAAACUACAUUAAUAUAAAGGAAAAAAUAUAAGAAUGAGAAAAAUUUAUACAAAAUAGAAAAAUUGAACCGGAAUCAUUGCAAAAAUGGUACAUACCAGAGCAGUUCUGAAUACAAAAUUGCAAUAUUGCCAUGGAAGAGGGGAAUAAAAAGAAUCUCAAGAUAAAAAGUAAUCCCAUUAGGCCCUUUCAAUCAGUUGGACCGUUUCCUCUAGUUACAUUAUUUCUACCAAAUGGACCAGUUUAUCAAAUUAGGGCAUUUUAAUCGUUAGAUCACUAUAUCUAGUAAGAUCAGUUUCGUAGAUUGGACCAUUUUAAGUAUUUAGACAAUUUUCUCUGGCUAGUCUAUUUCUACUGAUUGGACCGAUUCAUUUAGUCAGGCAAUUUUAAUAAGUCGGACAGUUUUAUACAGCUAGACCAUUUUAAAUGGUUGGACCCAUUUAUCUAGUUAGAACAUGCGAAGUGAUUGAACCUUUUCAUUUAGCUACAUCAGUUUCAGUAGCUGAGCAAUUUUAUAUCGUUAGUUCAAUUUCACAAAUUGCAUUAUUUUAAUCAGUUUCAACUCUGCUCUAGUUAGACCAUUAUAAGUCGUUGUACCAUUUAGAUCAGUCAAUUGGUUUGACUAUUUGAACAUUUUCUUUAGUUAGACUUUUUCUACCAACUAGAUCAUUUUCCAUACAAAGCCAUUUACUAUCAGUUUGGAAUAGCUACGCAGUAAAACCGUUGUCUUCCGUUGGACCUUUUAUCUAGUUAGAAUAUUUCUACCAAUUGGACCAUAUUAUUUAGAAGUAACUAAUUGGACCAUUUUAACGAGUUAAACUACGUUAUCUGGUUACAGAGUUUUUAACAGUUAAACUACAUUUUGUCUGUUUAGACCUUUCCAGGUGGUUAGUCCAUUUUAUUUAGGUAGACCAUUUCGAAAACUGGUUGAAUCAUUUUAACUGGUUUGGCCAUUUCAACUGGUGGGAUCUUUUUAACUGUUCUUUUCCAUUUUGACCGUUUGGAUUUAUUAGUUGUUUGGACCUUUUUAACAGGCUGGGUCAUUUUUAGAACAAGGACCACUUCUCUAAUGUGCCACAUGAUACUCCUUGGACCAUUUUAAGUGGUUGGUCCAUUUAUCUAGUGAAUCAAUUUUAACUGAUAGGGCUCUUAACUAGGUAAACCACUUUCGUAAGACCAUUUCUGCAAAGUUAGAUCAGUUCAUUUAGUUAGAUCAUUUAACUGGUCUGACUUAUUUAGCUAGUAAGACUAUUUUAACUCGUGGACCAUUUUAUGUUUAACUAGUUGGUUUAUUUUAAUUAGUCAGACCAUAUUUGUAGUGAAACCAUUUCGGGACAUUUUAGACAGUUGUACCAUUUUGUUAGACCCAUUAAACCUGGUUAGACUAUUUCUGCCAGUAACCAUUUCGACUGGUUGCACCAUUUUAACGAAAUCGAACAGAUUGGACCAUUUUGUCUAGUUAUACCAUUUAAACUACUUGGACAAUUUUUUGUUGUUAGAUCGGUUUCAGCCAGUUUCAUUUUAUACGGCAAGACCAUUUUAAGCGGCCUUUUUUUUAUCUCUUAGACAAUUUGUAGCUGUUCUUCCGCGCCGUCACUCCUGCAUUCACCUUCUUCUUCAUCCUCUGCGUCCACUUGUUUUUCCACCGCUUCUUCCAAAAUGUUAUCUAUAUAGGAGAUAUUCCUCGAGAUAUAAGAUACGGUAAAUCUAGACUAAAAUUUGGUCAAGAUUUGAAGGCAUCUUGCUACCUGCCGCGUUUAGACCUUGCUCGGAUUAGGCUAGCGAUAAACGAUGUAUCCUAUUUUAACAUCCAUGUCGUCAUACUUUCCUCGUUAGUACACGCUUUAGAAAAUUUUCAAAGAGGAAGGUUAAAGGAGGCAAUGGGCAGAUCAUCAUUAAGCAGAUGUUUUAGAAUUGUUGAAUGCAGUGCUUUACCCCACAGCCAAUGCAAAUGGAGAUAAAUAGCGCAAAUGAACACACCGAUUAUUCUGAAUAAUCACAUGAACUUUGCUGAUAAACUAUCUAUAAAUUCUUCUUGGAAAAUGCAGAAUAACUUGUAAAAAGCCAGUAUCAGGGGCAAAUAUUAGAGGAAAAACGUAUCUUACUUUCUAAAUUGACCAAUCUGCGCGCAUUUUAAAGGAGAGAUAUGUUGCAAAGAGCAAAGUUUUUGUCUUUAUCUUUUUAGAUGGCCAAUGUUUCCACAGACAAUAAAUGCCAUGUAUCAGUUCUAUGAAAAUGAGAUAGGUAAGAACACCUCUGACUCUUCAAACUAAGCGGUAUGAGGGCUGAAUUAGUAAGUUCUCUGGCAUAUAAGCCAGGAUGUGACCUGACCAGAAUCUGAGGAAUGAUCAUAGCCCCUAUCAGUGUUAGUAAGUUCCCAGUUGUUAAUGCUUCAUCAGUGUUCCUGAUGGGUCAUCAGCAAAUGGCACAAAAGGGCAGCAAGGUUCGAUUCGUAUAAUUAACAUUCUUGGGUAUUAAAUAAUUUGAUCUAAGGUGCAUUCAAGGAUGAGAAAAGUAGGGUCGAAUAGACUCUAGUCUCAUUAUAAUGUCUUGUACAUAUAAUGGAAGGUUGAAACCACAGGCAACAGUCGAUCGUAUGAUGUGAUUGUCCAGGUGGAGAUAAUCAUGUAAGCGACCGUUAUCUUGCAAUAGCCCAUCCAAUCUGUCCUGUCUGACACAGGUUACCUUUACUCAGCCACACGGCUGAGUAACCGAUCCAAAAAUGUAUUGCCACCUCCACGUCACGUCUUAUCAGUCUCUACUUAGCCACCUAUUUACCCAAUAAUUUAGCCUUUAAACUCUUUACGGUGGCUGAUUUACGUAGUAAACUCAGUUGAUAACCCUUAAUUAACAUCCCUAACUGUUAUUAUGCAUUUAUUAUUUUUGUUUAUUUUCUGCUAAUCUGUAGUGAUUCCAGCUGGUAUACUUCAGUCUCCUUUCUUCUACUCUGCCAAAAUUCCGAGGUAAGAAGGAGGACUCUCAGAUAAAUUAAAAACGUUAAAACUGAUUUCCUUCUUUAGCACUUAAAAAAGCCAUAACCUUAAAGGGCUUAAACAAAUCACCUAGAUGCAUGAGAGGCGUACAGAGAGCGUCACUUUAAAGCUAUCUUAACACCCUUGACGUGAUGAGGAGAAAAUUGUUUGUGUCUCGAUUCUACCUGAAAAUUAAAAAUGUCUUUCUACGUCUCCUAAUUUAUUUUGGGUCAGUAUAAGUCUAUUAGCGUUUUAUGACAAAUUCUACAAUCUGGUAGGCAGGAUUACCUUGUGUCUUCCCAUGACAGUAACUGAGAAAAAGAAGUAGCUUGAGAGAGUGUGAUGGUAGACAAAAUAAAACAAAAACAAUAGCCUGUCUUAUUGUAAGGUUUUGAAGGAAUAGUAGAGACCUGCUCUCGAUUUCUGCAAGUGAUCACUUAUGCAGGCCUCUCCGUUAAUAAAUAUCACGAAAUAAAAUCUCGAUCUCAUGAUCCUGUUUUUCAAUACACAAGAGUUUGUUGAAUCAGUUAUAUGGUUAUGAUUUGUGAAUCGUGGUCGUCAGGCAAGAGAGAUCCUAAGUGUCAGACUGAAUAGCCUUAAAGCUAAACUUAGUGCAUAGGUAAUAACUAUGAGAGGCUACGAGAGGUAAAAUAUCUUAUCAUACAGAUAUUGACGAGAUACCAGAAUUUCUUUUAUUUCGGAAACAUGACAUUAUCAGUGCGCACAGUCAGCAUACCAUUUGUAUCUUCGCAUAUGAAGAUAAUCAAGUCAUUAUAGUAAUCAGUAUGGUUUUACGGGAUGGUCUUACCACGGAUAAACAUUUCUAAGGUCGAAUUCUUUCGCCUCGACAAUAACCAAAUUUAAACCACAUUCUUUUCAUCCUCCUAACAGACAAGCUCAUUCAGCACAAACUAGAGCCAAAUCUCCGAAGGUACCCUGUGAAAUGCACCUGGCUCUUAUCAACAAAAAAUUAAAAGAAUACAUUUUGUGACUCAUGACAUAGAAUGAAUUUACUCCUGUAGUAAGCCACAGGGAAAAAAAACUCAUUUGUGAAAAAAAUGGGCGUCGAGUUAAAGCCCUUGUAUUUGUAUCUAACUUUUAAGUCUUCUUUAAAGUCACUCUAUGUGUACUCAUUGUUUAGGGCAGAGUUAUUAAGUUUGGUUUCAAAUAUCGCCUGCUACUAAUAUAAACUAGUGCAUUGAUAAUUCUCGAGGUUUUAACUAAUUUUCUUUUUAAUUUCAAUCUCCAGGUCUUUAAGUUAUGGCGCUUUAGGGUCCAUCAUAGGACAUGAGCUCACCCAUGGUUUUGACAACACCGGUAAGUAAAAAAUAUUAAUAAUUUGGCUUAAAGUUUCCAUUAACCUCAAACGUGCGUUUCUCAGUGGCAGUUGCACUAGUAGCAGCAAUUGCAGUAUCAGUUGUACCAGUACUGACAUUGAUGCACCUACUAUCAUUGUACACAAAAAAACAAGCAAACAAACAAACAAACAAAACAAUGCACACUUUCUUUUGUUCUCCUCAAAAAAAUCUCAGGGGGCCUGUGGAAAUCCUUACACGCAUCCCAUCAAGAAUGUCGAUUCUUUCUCUGUGACAAUUAUCUGCAUUUUCGUCAUAUUAAACACAGUUUGGUUGCUCAUGAAAAUGGAAAAGUGGAACUCUCUCUAAGAUUGAUUAGUGGUCUAUAAAUUUUUGUUGUCAGUUACAUUUUGUGAGAUCUGCAGUAACGACAGUGGAAUAUAUUUCAACAAACACUAGAAUGGCAUGAAAAGACAAGAAAUAUUUUUGUCCCAUUCCUUUAUUUGCCACACAUUACUGAUCUCACUAUGUUGCUCUCUCAAAGUUUAAGGCCUAUGAUAUUUUUCAAGAAGUUGACAGAAACUUUUCAAGAAGUUGACAGAAACUUGCUGAAUUGGCUCGAGAUCACUUCCAAAUUUAAAAAGCUAUGAAUUAACCUUUCUGUCGUGCAUCUUUGUAAUAUACUUAAAGGACAGACUUAACUGGAAGUAGAAUUCGCAUUUUAAAUCUCUCUUUUGUUUUGAUUAUCAUCAUAAUGAUCAUCACCAUCUUUGUAUGUCUCAUCUUUAUCAUCUAAAACUAAACUGUCACACCGGAUCGUAUUCUCUCAAAUCUAAUUUCGAAAACUGUUGGUUUCUACCUAGCAUUUGCUUAUCCCACACUCUGCAAACAGCACGCAGCUAUGUUAAAGGCGACUAAACGACUACAAGGAGAGAGUAUAUCGGGGAUUACCGACCUAUUUUUUUUUGUUGAUUUUGCUGGGUGAGAGGGAGGUUAGCAUUUUGUAAUGUUGCUCGAGUGUUGCUUGAGGUUGAGGCCUCGGGGCUGUCGCCAUUUACAUAAUGUAGGCAUUAUGAUACUUUACAACAUUCAAUACAAUUUGUAAGUAGAAUUAUUCAAUGGAAUAUUGGAGAGCGGAAGCUUGCAUAGUGUCCUACAAGGGUCGCCACGUUAUCGCACUAGGAUGAUUUUGGGUGUCUCAGUGACCCCCAGAGUCUUUAACUCUAGGUAGGGCCACCCAUGCCGAGCAGGUCAAAGGGCAGAGACCCAGCAAAGAGUGAUCCCUUCCAGGCUUGUAUAGCUGGCGUUUAAUGCUUGGAUUUGGCAGACUGUGCAGAUGAAAUCACUUACCAGCAUUUGGUGACACGGGCAGAAAGGUGAUUUCACAGGAAGGCAUUGUGAAGCACUAACAGAGCAUAGUGAGACAUGUAGAACACUGCUAAUCACACGCUGCACUUGGACCUAUCUCCAACCGUCUUUAAUUUGUCUCGCCACUUAGUACAGAUGGGCAGGGAAGAGAGUGUAAGGCUAAUGACCCUGCGCGACUCUUCCUUACUUCAAUCGAAUUUAAACGCAAGGCGCGACUUCACUCAUGAUCACCACACAAUCUCACCAUCAUUCUUCUUCAAACCUCCUUUAAUGGAAUUUACUACCAUCAAUGAGACUCAGCUAUCAGAGGAAGGUCAACUGUCUGAGUUACAGGUUGGUUACAUGUUCUCACGUUCUUCUGGGUUGAACAUAGACAGGAUAAGCGUCGUAAGGGCUUGCCAUCAAGGCAAAAAUCAAGGUCCGGGAAUAUAUUUCUCAUAACGUUCUCCCUGAUGACGCUGUGCAUUGAAUGCCAGCAAUCUGACAUUCAGAAAGCGUGAACCUGUUAUCCAAAGCUUGUGAAGUCUCAACAGUAAAUACAAAGAAGACCAAAGUGAUGAGCCGGCAAGCUCAUGCGACACCCUACACAGAGCUAACCAUCACAGAAGGGGGGUCAAAAGCUCGAUGGUGUGGAAAAAUUUGUCUACAUCAAACGCACACGUCUUUUACAGGAUAGCUAGGGACAGUUGAGCCUUAUACAGACUCUGAGACAAGGUCUGGGAGAGAAGAGACCAAGCCUUAAGUGUAUUGUGCAGUUGUCUUAUUCUCUCUGCUUUAUCCUUGUGAAAAAUGGAUUGUUGCCAGCCGACAUGCUAGGCGGCUGAACUUUUACAACAUGAGGUUCUUCAGAGAUCCAUUGCACAUUGAAUGACAGAACAAACUGUCCGAUACAGAGGUACUCUAAGGAGCCGACAUGAAGAGUGUUAAGGUAACCCUCAAGCACCUUCAAUGCCAGCAAGGAUGAAAAUCACCAAGUACAAUCUUACAUACCAGUGGAUGUUUGCCCAAAAACUAGGGCAAAUCACUGAAAAAUCUCUUUCACCAUUUUGAUAUAUUAGGGUAAUUAGAAGACAUUACGCGGCCAAGCUUGGAUUCGAUUGAGUGAGAGAUAUCAUCAGCACAAGUGUGUUUCACAUAGAUACUGGUCACUUACUUAAAUCGAAAAUUUUAAAAUUCAUUCUAAGAGAUCAUUCAUUCUAAGAGGAUGCAGAAACCACCUGCACAUAACCUCAGCUUGUAGGAAUGGUACUUUAACGAACGAUGUUAGAAUGAAAGAAAAUUUCAGUAUGAAAAAGAAACUAAAAGUUGAAAUCAAUCUUAAUAGUAUCGUUAAAUUAAAGAGAUAUCAUUUCGGAAAAAUAAAAGCACUAUUUUGAUAAACCCAGUUACUCUGAGACAUUAUUAUCUUCAAGUGUGAUAAUGUAAAUGGUAAUUUCUCAGUGCACGGUGAAGAAGUUCUCUUUUCGAAACAGGAGAAGUUGAUAUCUUAUCGAUUUGUAUGCUAUAAAUCCAUUUCUUUUUACUCAAGUGUCCACCGACUUACUUACCCAUAUGUCUGGCUAUCUUUCUAUCAGCUAGUCUGUCUGACUGUCUGUCUGUCUGCCAGCCUAGACUUGAUGAAGAUAACAACAUGAAGUAUCAGUUCCUGCAUGUCGAAAAUUUCUUGAACAUUAUUUACAUUUAUGUGUGAAAUGUUUCCUUAGCUCCUCUGGUAAAACUGAUCCCAAACUUUACCACCUCAAUCAGUGUGGUAUAGACACAUAAAUUUAAUAUGUACUCUUAUCAGGGAUGUUCAUUGAACCAACAGGUCGAAAAUUUGAUAAAAAUGGAGAUAUCGUUAAGGAAUGGUGGAGCAAGCAAUCUCUUAUCGAAUUUAACAGGAGAUCUCUGUGCAUCGAAAAACAGUACUCGAAAUUUAAGGUUCAAGGGAAAUAUCCGGUAAGAAGGUCCAUUGCAUUCCUCUUGGAGUUAACAAAAUGCUAUUCUUACGUUUACCUUUUUGUUUCCGCAUCAGAUCAGUGGGAAAGUGACACUUGGAGAGAACAUUGCGGACAAUGGUGGAACUAAACUUUCAUAUUUUGUAAGUGCACUUACAGUAGUUCUUAAGAGAGCUAUUGUUGCAUUAAGAUCAUAAUUGUACUAUUUGAUUGCACAAUGGAAGAAAUUAAUGAACACUUCUUUGUCAAAGUGAUUUAACUGUGAGGCUCUAAAAACAUGAAAACUAAAAAGAUUAAUGGAAUAGGAUGGGAUUUAACAGUUUGGCUUCUUCAUCUAAAACUCUCUCUAAAUUGACAGGUGCUCGAAAUUCUUAAUAGGCCACUACCCUUCGCGGUCCGAAAUUUGCAUCCUUUGCUUUCUGUUUCCAAUCAGCGACCACAAAGGUCAGCCAAGGUUUUCUGAUCUUCACAAUAAUAACUAUUUGCGACUUUGCAGACGCGAGCUACUAUGGCUAUCCGUCUUGUGCCAGAAGAAUUGUGAGGCUGUUAGGGAUAAAAGCUGUUCCAUGAAAAUAUUACGUGAACAAAAAGGACUUGAUGUGAUUUUCAAAUCAGAUAGAAAAUGGACGAAAUCUUUCGAGAAUCUUCUCCUUAAUUCUUCGUUACAAAGAGCGUCUUUAUCCAUGUAGCUGGGUACAAACUUAAAUAAACUGAUAAUUGCCUAAAAGUUAGAAAUUGUCAAAUAACUUUCCCAUAAAGUUUGUUCGAACUUCUUGAGAGAAACAUGAGUAUUUUCAGAAACGUCAAGCGUUUUCAAAAAUUUUGCUUAUUUUGUAGAUAACAAAAUAUCCGAACUUGGGCAAACCAUGAAAUCGCUAACUUCCCGUCACUUGUACAAGCUCUGAGAAUUCGUCGAUUUUGAGACGAUUCAAUCCAUUUAAGAUCGUUCCGCAGCUGCUGAGCAUAAAGCCACGAGGUUUUUCCUCUCUACGUUUCUGCUUGUUCAGAUCUGUUAUCCUUUUCGAUCUUAGUAUUACUUAUGGAAAUUACCUAAAUAAUGAUCUGUGAGGGAAAACACGACCUUUAUAAAUUUACAACUCUCCCAUCAGAUAAUCCCUGGUGGAUAAACACCUCAAACUGAUUGAAUCACGAUAUUGAAACCAUAUGAUGAUCUCUAAAGCUAGAUGUACUGAUUGUUUCAGGCAUAUCACGAUUGGCUUACAAAGCAUGGUGAUGAAGAGGAGUAUGCACUUCCUAGCUUGCACUACACUAACGAUCAACUGUUUUUCAUCGGAUAUGCUCAGGUCUGUGGCUUGCUUGUCUACAAACUUGAUGCGAUUGGAGCAACUGAAUUGUUCACUUGAUCGGUCUCCUCUAUGAUUAACUCAAAUUCAGCUUGUUUGUAUUUUCAGGAGUAUUGCAGCCAUGCUCGACCUAAAACAGAGUACAUUUCUACGCUGAGUGAGAUUCAUGCACCACCCAAGUUUAGGCAUGUUUUCAAACAUUUUCACUUUUAUAAAUGA